CACAAACUCGCACAAAUAGCCAGUUUUGAUUGAUAAAACCAGAACUUUGUCUUUAUAACUGUAUACAAACAGGGUUAAUUAUCUGACAUUUGAAAAUGUUUAACUGUAUUGUAGCUUUUCAGUUACGCUAAGCUAACAGAAUGGUGAGAGUGAGAGACGAAACAAGGACUCUGCAUACAGCGGGUUGGUUGAGGAGUACACAGGCCAGUGGCAUGUUCCUCUGCCUCAACUCAAGGUGUUGCGGACGGCUCUCUGCAGUUUUACCAAAGCCACAGCUGCCUUUCCUGAUGACUGUCAGCACGUCCACUAUGUCCUCAGCAGUCUGGCCUUGAGCUUCUUCGAAUUGAUGCUGUUUUUUAGCAAGGAGGAAUUUGUGGAGGAGCCUUUGAAAAACAUCCUUGAUUGUUUUCAGGAGUGCCACUGCAAACUCCUGAGACACAGGAACAUCUAUCUUCAUCAUGUGAAGCAGGUUAUCAAAGGUGGAGGUCCAUGGGAGAACCAGGUGUUGCAAAGAAUUCUAAAAGAGACAGAAAUGUCACAGAGUGAAGUUGAUGACUACUUGAGUACAGAAUUGCCUAUAUUUUUGGAGCUGCGGGUUCGAUACCUGCAGGCCUGUGAGCGGAUGCAGGAGGCCAUGGCUCUAUCUAAAAGCUGUCUGGAAAACCAGGAGACUGGAAAGCAUCUAUACUUCCAUCAGGCCUACCUGACCUGCCUUUAUAAGGCCUCCCUAUAUGAGAACCUUCAGAAGGAGAUGGCAGAAAUAGAUGGCCGCGAUGCAGUCGAGAUAAUCUGCAACACGGAGAGCGUGGAAAAAGAUGAGCUUUUGUUGUCACUGUGUAAAGCUUUCCUCACCCGGCAGUUGCAUAAAGGGGACAUGUAUUACAUCUGGGAUCUUGUCUUCAUCUGGAGUAGAUUGCACCUGAGGGCCCAUCCCUCCCGUCAAGGCUUCCUGGCUGGGUGUUUGGAAUUAGCUUCAUCUGCCACCAAUGUCAGAGCCAUCUUCCCCUUCAUCAAACUGCUUAGUGAGCUUGGGGGUGAAGGAGUUGAAGUUGCUGUUGAGCUCUGUGCCAGGGCAUUGCAGCUCUGUGAUACCCAGGGUGACACUGUGACCCGCUCACUCGUCUGCAAGACCAUUGCCUUCCUGCUGCCUCAUGACUUGGAGAUCUGUCGAGCGUGCUCCCUGCUGGUCUUCUGCCAGGAGCGAAGCCUGGAGGCGUACCGAACUGUGUGUCUUCUUUACAGGCAUCCGGAUCAGGAGCAACAUCCUCACAACAACCCUCUCCGGACCAAUGUUCGCUUCCAUAUUCUGCAGAUGCUGAAAGAACGCCUGUGCUUUGACCCUGAAUUUUGGAAUCUCCUCACUCUCAGGACUCACUGCUUGGAGUUGAUGAGCGAUAACGUCAUGAAGGAUGCUGUACUCAAUGAGAUGAAGGAGGAAGAGGAAAAGGAAAACAGUGAACAUCUCUUGCCAAAUAACUGUGUGAAUGAAUCAUGCACUCUCUGUCUGGAUUCAUGCCUUAGCACUCAAGGAACCAUUGAGAGCAAAGACCUUCCAGAAAACCCAGUUGUGGUUGAAUCAGAACCAAAGUGUCUUGCUCAAGGUCCAUUUCCUUAUCUAAGGAGGAGGAAAUGGAAUCAACUUUCGUCAGAUGAUGAGCUUGACUUUGUUAAUGACCCAGAAUUUAAAUACCAUCUCAAACCUACUUCUUUGAGUAGGAAACCUAUGUACUCACUAAGACGCAACCAAAUUAAAGUGGAUAAUUCUGCCCCUGUAAGGCUCCCUUCAAACCACCAGAGAGAAUACUUGUCCAGAAGCAUUAAGAACCAGAUAUUUAAACGAAGGGGUCGGAAGAAGAAAUGGCUGCAGGGUCUUCCAAUGAUGGAGCAAGUGCAGACGGUUACAGAAAAAAAUAUCAGAGUUGGUGGGAAAAAGCGAGGACGAAAGCCUUUACCGAAACUGGAAUUGUCUUUCCCUGAUAAUGUAAUUCACCUCACAGAGGAAUCAUGUGGUGUUCAGGUGGAGGCAGAAGGCAAAGAUCAAGGUAUACCUGAUUUAGGUGUUGAACCCCAAACCCUAGGUAAACAGACAGAGGAUGAAAUUAAACAUUUGAACGAACUUAUCAAGGAAAACGGUGAAAACACAAGUGUAGUUAGUGCUUACAGUCUCAGUGAACAAUCUCAAGAGGAAUCUCAAAAAUAUUGGGAGUCAAAACUUUGUGAUGGUCUGCCAAGUGAGCCCCAAGCUGCUGUUCUUGCCGUCGAAGCUGACCCUGAGCUUGAUGGUCCUCUCUUUGAGUUGUUGGAUAAUCCAGUUGAGUUGCUACACAAUUACUCCCUUCUUGCUAGAAAUGCUGAUGGUGACGAACCAAAACCUCCAGAAUCUGAAGAGGUUAAUGGUAAUGUAAAGCAAGAACGUGAGCCAGAAGUGGAAACAGAAGACCAAAACAUUGAGAUAAAACCCAUAAAAACAUGGAGAGAGAGAUUGCUCCGGACUCAACAGUAUGGUCACUUAAGCUAUACCUGCAAGAUCUGCCAAAAAACUUUCAAAGGUUUGAAUGUGAUGAGGCAUGCUUUCUCACAUUUAAAGAAAAGAAAACUAAGAUGCAUUCUUUGUGGAAAACGCUUCAAGCAUCUGCCUUUGGCCAAAAAGCAUAUUCUCGAGCACAUUAAUGAAAUGUCAAAUCAUAAACCGAGUGAGGAACAAAUGCAGGAAAGUCCACCUGCUAAUGGAAUCAUGGAAAACGAGCACCAGCCGGAGGAAGAAAAACGGAUCUCUGUCACUGAAGACGAAUCUUCUGAACAGAAACCCAAAUCCAAAAAUAAACUGUCGAGCCUCAAGAGGGAAGAACGAAUAAUCAGGAACAUCCGCAUCCUGCUUAGAAAGACGGCUUUGCUUAAUAAAAGAAACAAAAAUCCAAACUCUGAGAUUACUAAACAGAUAGAGUUCAUGGACGAGCAAGUUGUCAUUAAAGAUGGUUUGGUGAUAAUAAAGAACGUGUCUAUAACAAAGACGGAGAGAGAGGAAGAGGCCAAGGAAACCCCAGUGGAGGAAAAUGGUUGCAGUGUGGACAUCACGUACCCCUUGUGUCCGUCGGACGUCUGUGAUCGGGUAUUCUUGAAACUGAACAGUUCGUUGACGAGGCACGCCAUCAAAUGCCAUCUUGGUGAAGAGAAGGUGCUGGAGAAGACUUACAUUUGGUCUAAGAACAAGUGCUGCUUCUGCAUCAGACAUAUACAGUUUGUGGAGCAGUAUAAGCAACACAUGAAGCUCCACGAUGAUCCUCUGCCGUUCUUCUGCUACCAUCAGGAGUGUAAACAGCGCUUUGCAACACAGCCAGAAUUAAAGGACCAUAUCAACACUCACCAGCCCUUCAGGCCUCAGUGUGCAUACCCAGACUGCGAGAAACUCUUCUCAAAUUUUCAGGGUCUCUCUGACCACGAAUGGAGGCACUACAUCCCAGUGCCACAAAAGAAAGAGCUAGACCUUGGAGCCAGUAUGAAAACAGAAACGAGUGAAGAAGCUCCUUGGAAGCAGAGAGUCAAAAUUGAAGAAAUUUGGCUUCAUAAUAAAAAGACCCAAAGCCCAAGGAGUCCUCCUUCUGAUAAAAUCCAAAGUGAAGAUGGGGAUACUAGCCUAGAUAAUAGCCAGAAUUUAUCUAAAUAUGAUCACUGCCCGACAGCAGCAGUUAGCCAUGAACUCGUGAAAGACGAAGCAACCAUCAAUGGGUUUGAGGAUGUGACAAAAGUAAUCUCUGAGGUAUCCAAGCCUACCUCUCGUACUUCUAAAACGCCUAAAAAGAAACCUCAAAAAAGACUUAUCAACUGGGACGUCAUAAAUGUCAAAGACUACAAAGAUGUUUCCACUCUGGCUGAGGGAAUCCAAAAGAACAUAGCCGAGCCUCACAUCACUGAGCACACGACCUUUAGACCUGAAGAUCCCACCUACGCCCAGUUCGUGAAGUCCCCCUUUGUCCGGCCUCCACCCUCCACCUACCUGGACGAAUCUGUGCUCUCAAUGCGUAAGAGAAGGUCUGCUGAUCAGCCGCCUAUAAAAAAAUAUUCCUACAAGAAGAAGAAAGAACUUGAAGAAGAAAAGGCAGAGGAGAACAAAGUGGUUGUCCCAGACCAAAAGGUCAGACAUCGCUGCAGCAAAUGUCUAUCCUCCUUCAGCACAGUGGAGGAAUUACAGUCGCAUGAAGCCCGCAACACCUGCUCCUCUCUCUUUGGUUUUGAUUCAGAUGAUGAAAGUUAGUGUGAUUGAUUCACUGAUCAAAACAUUAGAGCAUAAAACCUCUAACUCUAGUCAUGAACAGGUUGUAUUACAGUAGGAGUUCAGAAACCAAAAUGUUUGGUUAGUUUUUAAUUCUGAAGCAAGCAAUAAUUUCAAACCACUGUAUUUUUAUUUAAUAUGAAUUGAAUUGAGCGUCAGAUUUGGUCUUAUUUAACUGAACUUGCACUGCUUACAAUUAUUAGGUAACUUAUAUAUUUUUGGGAAUUUAUAUUGAACGACCACAAACCUGAAAUUUCAGAAAGUAAAAUGUCCUUACUUUUAGAACAUCUGUUCUUCUAUUAGUGUCCAGAAUGAUCUAACGAAAUGAAAACAAUUCAUUUUAUAAUUAAAAAUAAACCAUUAUAUGAAAAAACAUCACACACUUCUAAACCAUCAAAGUCCUCCAUUCAACACUGUAGCAGCAGCCAGAGCUUCCCAGGCACUGUUCAGAGCGGUGCAUUUGUUUUCCUUCCGUGUGAAUCUCUUGUUUAAGAGCCCUCUUGUUCGCAAUGGGGUUUAGCUUAGGCGAGGAAGGGGGCCAUGUCAUCAUUCUUUCGUCUUUAAGGCUUUUGUUGGCAAGCCAUGUAGUAUAGCACUUCGAUGAAUGCGAUGGAUCACUGUCCUGUGUAAAGAUCAUGGUCUUCUUGCAAUAUGCAGGCUGUUUAUAUCUGUACUACUGCUUGAAGAAACCUUGGAAGUUUGUUUUGAGUCUGUUUUUAACCUGAAUAGAUGCAACUAGCUCAUGUUUAAUAAAACCAGCCCAUACCAGUACUCUAGCUUCCUGAAGUCAGAAUUGAAGUGGAGCUCUGUGCCCAGUUCUGAUUCAGCCACGGGUCCAUCCCUCUGGUCCGUCAGUCAAUAAAAACUUAUUUUUUAUACUGCACUUUAAAUAUUUCUUUGCCCCAUCUUGAUGUUUCAGUUUAUGUUUAGUGGUGGGCAGCUUUUAGUCUUUAGCACUGAACACUUUUCACUUCUGGCCACUCCAGGCUGACGGGACUGGAGCAGCUUCACAUUUGAUUCUUCUCAAAUCUUAGCCAGUUCAUUUGUCUUUUUUUUUUGUUUCUCAAAACGUUUCUUGCAACCCUGUUUACUAUUGGCAAACAAAAUUUUCCAUUCCCCAAUAUCUUGGCAAUUUCAGAAGUGCUGCAUCCCUCUGUAAGAGGUUUUACUAUUUAGUUUUGUCUGAGGAAUAGAAGGUGACUGAAGUACUCUGUAGUAAAAGGUGUGUAUCUCCCAAAGCCACACCCUCCCUAAUUACACAAAUACACAUCACCUGAUAUGCUUAAGUCCAAUAAGCACCCAAGUUUAUACAGCUUGGAGUUGGAAAAUAUACAUACAAAUGAUAUAGUCAAAAUGAUUACUUGGAUAAUAUUUGUGUAAAUGGUGUGCAUUUAUUUAAAAAAAAUCAUUGCAAGAAGAUAAAGGCCCCGUUUACGAUGGUUUUUAAAGGUAGAGGCCGUUUCACGCAGGGAAGGUGCCCACAUCUGUUGAGUUCAGAAUAAGAGGUACGGCAUUGAAAUUAUUGGAUUUAAUUAUUCAUAGUGAGACAUAUUUGGAUUCAUUACACAUAAAUUAUUCUGCUGUGUUUUAACCAUUUCUGCUCAUAUUCAUAUUAUGGCUUCCAGCUAAUGAAAACAAAUCUGUUUCUCAGAGAAUGUGGAUAUUAAAUACAAAACAUUUAAAUUAAAGGGAUUGUUAAUGCUACAAUAUAGACCUUGUGAAAGUGAAGCCAUGUACUCUACAGCAUAAACUUGCUCAUGGCUCCUUUUGUAUGAAUUAGUGCAUCAAUGCAGCUUGACAUGGAGACAGUGUGUGGCUCUGCUGGGGUGUAUUAGAACCCAAGGUUGCUUUAACAGUAGUCUUCAGUUCAUCUGCAUUGUUUGCUUACCUCAAAACUACAUAGAUUAUUUUUGCUUGAUUGGCCAGCGGACUCACUUGUGUUGGUUUUAGGUGAUAAUUUGAUCAUAUAAAUUAAGUUUUGGUUUUCGUUACCUGUAAGCCAUAUGAUUAUCAAAAUUAACAGAAUGCUUGAAACGUAUCACUAUUGGUAAUAAGUUCUUGUCACUUUUGUUUUUCAGUUUAAUGAGAUAAAUACAUUUUUCAGUGAUAUUCAGAUUUAUUUUAAGAUGCACCUGUGUGUCAGAAAUGUUUCAACUCACUGGCAUUGUGUAGAUAUUUAGAUAUCUGCUAAGAAAACAUCUUUUAAAUAAAUUAAGGCCUCACUCUGAACAGCAACAGUUUAGACAUCUAAGACUGAUUGAUAAAACUGUCUCCAUAUCACAUUUCAAACUAUUACAGUUAACACUGCUGCCUUGCAGCAAGAAGGUUCCUGGUUUGAAUCCCGGCCAGGGCUCUCUCUGCAUAGAGUUUGCAUGUUCUCCCCACACAUGCUUGGGUUCCCUCUGGCUUCCUCCCACAAUCCAAAAACAUGACUGUUAAACUCAUUGGUUUGGUCAAUUCUCUAAAAUUGUUCUUGGGUUUGAGUGUGUGUAUGAAUGGUUGCUUUUCCUGUGUGUCACUGUAUUUCCCUGUGAUGGACUGACGAACUGCGUUACAUCUGCCACAAAACUGCAUGAAUAAGCAGGUGUUGACGAAGGAGAGAUAAAUACUUCAAACUGUUGCCAAAUACAGCAAACCUUGAAGACCUACAGUGUGCUUCUGUGGUUGUACAUGAUGACCAGAAUUGAGUUUUUGUUUUAAAUAGUUUGAUAACGCAUAUAAGGUUCUAUAAGGUUUAUCUUUAACUAUUUUUCUUUAUACCAAGACAGAAUCACUGAAGUGUACAAAUAAGAAUAAUUGAAGGUUGAGGCUCAGAUACUUAAUUGUUGACUUCAGUUUGUCGAAUAUCGUACUUUAAUUUUUAAACGGGGAUUUAAAAAAAGAAUUUACUUUUUGUGUUUUAAAAGGACUGCAUUUAAACCUUAUUUAUAUGUAAAAAUGUUAAUAGAAGUUUUGUAAAUGUAAUAUUGACCCAUAUAUUUUUCUUAUGGUUACAUUUCUUUGAAUAAACAAAUGGUGAAAAUAA